AGACACACACGCGUUUCUGUGGGAAUGUGUGUGUUAUAGGAAAUGAAGCCCGAGUGGUUCGCUGAUUAACGCCGACGACUUCCUCUCUUCAGGAGUGUGAGCUGUGUGAAUAGAUUUCGGAGUGAGUGAUGUAAGAAAGUGUGUAUGUGUGUGUGUGAAUAUAUAUACAUAUAUAUAUAUAUAUAUCCUACCGUCCCUCAACACACACACACACACACUCCUGCUGUAACACUGAUCCAUUCCUCGAAGUCUAUAAAGUUCAUGGAUGUGGAAGGAAGGAAGCAAGCGUGGAACCGGAUCUACAGACUUUUCUCCUUUUCUCAUCUAUUCCCGAGCCUGAAGUCUCCCAGCCUGAUGGCAACACAGUAGCUCUAUCAGUUCAUCUGGAAGAACAGACAAAAAGAAGCUGUGGAUUACAUACAAGCCUGUUGUUUGUUGCGAGGUCUGCGAUGGUCGAUGGCAUCAUGAUCCUACUGCUUGUGGCCUUGAUAGUUUUACCAGCUGCCAGCGUGGAAGAUAAAGCAACGGUGAAUGACUUUGAGUGUGUGUGCGAGGGGCAGUCAUGCGGCAGCGACGGCCGCUGCUUUGGCCCGCAGUGCUUCUCGUCGGUCUCCAUCCGGAACGGGACGGCCCUGCGACAGAAGGGGUGCGUUGUGGGUAUGGAGGAAGAGGCGGUACAGUGCGGAAGCUCCCCGCUGGAGUCUGGCGUCAUGGUGCAGUGCUGCCAGGGAACACUGUGCAACAGCAACCUUACUGUGGAGAUGCCAAGCUCAGACUCCAGGCAGCAUGAGUGUGUGUGUGAGGGAGCGGAGUGUGUCAGCGGAGGCCGGUGUGUAGGAGAGCAAUGUUUCUCCUCUGUCACGGUCACCAACGGAAACCUGCAGCACCGUAAAGGCUGUUUCUCUGCAUCUCAGAGGGGCGGGGCUACCUGUGACACACCCAACUCACCUGAUAGUGUCAUUAAGUGUUGCACAGGUCACCUGUGUAACGGCAACCUUACAGUAGAUCCCCCAACUAGAGACGCAGACCCGAAACUGCCUCCGAAAGAGCACGAGUGUGUGUGCGAGGGCCGUUCUUGCGUGACGGGUGAGCGGUGUAUGGGACAGCAGUGUUUCUCGUCUCUGACCGUGAGUGACGGGGUGCUGGUCCAUCAGAAGGGCUGCUUCACCGUGUACGAGCAGGGUCGCAUGACCUGCAAAACCCCGCCCUCACCUGACCAGAUCGUCGAGUGCUGCCAGUCGCACCUGUGUAAUAUGAACCUCAGCGUGGCUCUGCCCGUCCGAGUGGUCGAGGGUCCUAACUAUAGCGUAAUGAUGCUGGCCAUCGUAAUCGUGGCUCCGGUGAUUGUCCUCAUUAUCCUUUCUACGGUGGCCAUCUUGAUCUUCCGGAGAAUCCACCGCAACCAGAUGGAGCGGCUGACGGCCCGCGACGCCGAGUACGGCACCAUCGACGGACUCAUUGCAUCCAACGUUGGCGAAAGCACACUGGCGGAUCUGUUGGACCACUCAUGCACAUCAGGCAGCGGUUCAGGACUGCCUUUCCUGGUACAGAGAACAGUCGCCAGACAGAUUACACUGAACGAGUGUGUGGGGAAAGGGCGUUAUGGAGAGGUGUGGAGAGGUCAGUGGCAGGGUGAGAACGUAGCUGUGAAAAUCUUCUCCUCCCGAGACGAGAAGUCCUGGUUCCGUGAGACUGAGAUCUACAACACGGUGCUGCUGAGGCAUGAGAACAUUCUGGGCUUUAUCGCAUCCGACAUGACGUCUCGUAACUCUAGCACUCAGCUGUGGCUGAUCACACAUUACCACGAGAUGGGCUCUCUGUAUGACUAUCUGCAGCUGAGCACGCUGGACGCCCCGGCCUGCCUGAGGAUGGCUCUGUCCAUCGCCAGUGGCCUGGCACACUUGCACGUGGAGAUCUUCGGCACACAGGGCAAGCCGGCCAUAGCUCACAGAGACCUGAAGAGCAAGAAUAUCUUAGUGAAUAAGAACGGCCAGUGUUGCAUCGCUGACCUUGGCCUGGCUGUGAUGCAUUACCAGGACACUAAUGAGCUGGAUGUGGGGAAUAACCCUAAAGUGGGCACCAAACGGUACAUGGCCCCUGAGGUGCUUGAUGACUCCAUUCAAGUGGACUGCUUUGAGUCAUAUAAACGAGUGGACAUCUGGGCUUUUGGCCUUGUGCUGUGGGAAAUCGCCAGACGCACCGUCAGCAACGGUAUUGUAGAAGACUACAAACCUCCCUUCCAUGAUGUCGUGCCUAGUGACCCCAGCUUCGAGGACAUGAAAAAGGUGGUGUGUAUAGACCAGCAAAGACCCAACAUCCCCAACAGAUGGUUCUCAGAUUCCACUUUAACGUCCAUCGCCAAACUCAUGAAAGAGUGCUGGUACCAGAACCCCUCGGCGAGGCUCACGGCUUUGCGCAUCAAAAAGACUCUGACAAAAAUCGAUAACUCUUUGGACAAAAUUAAAGCGGACAUUUGAACUCUUUUCGUAUGGAAGAUCCUCAAAGGCCUUUAUAAUGUCCAGUGGACGACUCGUCUGGAGAUCCAGGAAAAAAAAAGGGACCGCACGGGCACAGUGCUCUCUUUAGAGGCACAAUGUAUUUAUUUUAAAACGUACAGUUGGACACGUUUUGGCAUCCAAAGAUGGCACAGAGGGCAUUUAUAAAAGACUGCAAAUAUGUGAGCUAGCUUUCACAGAGACUGUUACUGUAGCAAGACCCGGAAAGGAGAAAGUCGCUUUAGAGCUCCAAGUUUACUUCUAAUGCAGCUUUGAUUUUUAGAACUGUCUGGAAACCACGUCUUUCGUUUAGCAAUAUUGUCCGUGCUUCUUUUUGAUUAAUUGCACUGGCAGUCGCUGGCAUUCCUUACUUGCACUGUUACGGAAGAAUUUGGAGGGGAAAAAGACGACAAUUUGCCAAAAAAAGGCUGUAUUUUAUAUUCCACUAGCAUCGUAUCCUUAUCCAUUAUCAACCACAGACCUAACGCAAGCAACUUUUAGUUUUAUGUUACAGUCUUUUUUUUUUUUUCUUCUGUUGUUUACUUGUGCACUGCCGUUUACAGUAUAUAAUGAUAAAAAAAAAGAGCAUCUCUGCCUUCGUUCAUGUCACUUGAGCUGUAAUUUAUUCAACUCUACCGUACAAUAGCCACUCUGUUACUGUUAUGCCUGAGAUGUUUAACGUGUCACUGAUUUUCCUUUUUUCUUUUUCUUUUUUUGCAUUAUUGAGCAUUUAGCUAUUUCCCUUUUGUUUGUUUCAUAAGCUUUAUUGAAUAUAGAUGCUAAAGUAAAUAAAAUAAAAAAAAGAUUCUUAACUCGAAAACAUUAGGCAAUGCCUGUAAACUGUUUAUAAAUGAAUAUGUGCACUGGCCACACGACUUAAGUUUAUAUAUAUAUAUAUAAAAAGAAAUGUUGGGUUAUCUUAUUUCCUAUUUAAAUGUCAUUUUACUGUAGUAAUUAAGACGGUAUAUAUUUCACCCUAAACUUAUUUUUUAUGAUGUAAUAAUUAGCAGAUUUCAUCAUAAUACAGAUUAUUUGACUGUUUCGGCUGUUUCGCCUAAUUCUUUUAAAAGACACGGAGCUACAGAUCUCAUCAUUGCUAUUAAAUGCGUCAUAGAUAAGUGUUGUUUGGUCAUAAAAUAUAAGAACCAAUCAGAUUUCAGUAUGCAAAUGACAUGUUACAACUAGGUUAUGAGGGAGAGUGUAGCUUUGGAGCCUGUUUCCAAUUUCCACAUUCAUCCAGUUUUAGGGUGAAAGCGCAGUGCUUCUGCAGCUUUUUGUUUUCUAAUCACAUUAGUAUAGAAUUGCCAUUUUAUGCAGUUUAUUUUUUAUUAUAUAAUUGAAUUUUGAUGCAGUUAUUUAUUGUAAACAAAAAACAAUAAUGAGGUCUUUCAUUGUGACUCUUAAGAAGUAAAUCUCACACUUUAAGCGACUUUUUCAUGCCUUAUGGACAAAAAAAACAGUUCUAAUACACACCCCACAUCCAUGAUGCAAACUUUUGGAGAUGAGAAAGCAGACACCCAGACUCUUCCUCACUUUGUUUGACUUUAGAAAUUAUCCGUUUUGGACAAAAUGAAGGUUUUCCAUGUGGAAAAAAAAACACAGCCAGAUAUGCCAAGCAUGGCAUUCCUUUGCAUGAGUUUAUCAUCAUAAAAAUAUGAUUCUGUGAACUGAAAAAAUCUGUACUGAGGAAAAAAAUAGAGGGCGAACAAGACAAGUUUUAUCGGAAUUCCGUCUGUUACAUGUGACUUAUUGUUUUAUGGGAACUGGUUAAAGCCAUUGCAUAGAGGAUUAAGUUAAUUUUAAUAUGUACAGGCAUAUUAUUAAAUAUUAAAAUUUGAUUCAUCAAAA